UUUGUCGAUAUGUUCGGAUUUCCCUGCUAAGAAAAAACAGAACACAAAUACUAGGCCUAGUUUGAAAAGACACUAGGUUCUAUCUCAACUUCGGAUACUAUCUCAAUUUCCGAUGAGAAAGAAAGUGUUAUCAAGCUUCACUAUGGAUGUUGGAGACAUACCAAGCCAAAGACCAACGGAUCCUCUAGUUCAAAAAGUCAAGGAGGUUGACAGAAGCAAAAGGUUGGAGCUGCUUGCUGCUUAUUUAACUCUUGUGGCUUCUGUGAACCUAAGUUUGGGUUACCCUGUAAUGCUCAUCAUCUACUGUAUCGUCUGCCUAAAGGACCUGAAUAAAACGGUCGACGUCAAAAGCGUUAUGAAUUUAGCAGAAGACUUUGAGGAAUCUUCUGGGCCAGACUGCUUGGAUUCUCUCAAACAUUCAGACGAGGAAAGAGAACUCAGGGACCGAACGUUGAGCCUAUUACCUGCCCAGUACAGACCAGCAGUCACAGGGGUCAACAACAACCCGCCCGACCCCCGGGGUCAAACUGGUGACUCUAGCACCAACGUAGGGAGCGGUAGCUCUACGAACACGAACAUAGCUAGUGGAAACUCUACGAACACGAAAAUAGGUAGUGGCAACUCUACGAACACCAACAGUGCUAGUGGUAACUCUACGAACACCAACAGUGCUAGUGGUAACUCUACGAACUAUAACAUAGCUAGUGGCAACUCUACGAACACCAACAGUGCUAGUGGCAACUCUACGAACACCAACAGUGCUAGUGGUAACUCUACGAACUAUAACAUAGCAAGUGGCAACUCUACGAACACGAACAUAGCUAGUGGCAACUCUACGAACACCAACAGUGCUAGUGGCAACUCUACGAACACCAACAGUGCUAGUGGUAACUCUACGAACUAUAACAUAGCAAGUGGCAACUCUACGAACACGAACAUAGCUAGUGGCAACUCUACAAACACUAACAUAGCAUGUGGCAACUGUACGAACACUGAUAUAGCUAGUGGCAACUCUACAAAUACUAACAGUCCUGAACAAACAGGACUUCUAAUUCCUUUCACAAGACCAGAUUCGGGUACGACCUCAAGAAAUUCUUUAUCACACGAAAUCGCUAAUGGUUUCAUUAACUCUAACAGUUCCUUAAAACCUUCAAACGACACAUACGCUCAAACCUGUUUAGCUGCUCUCGAGAGGCGGUUUAUGGCGGUUAAAAACGAGAACAAUCUCCUGGAGAAAAACAUGCGCUGUGUCCAUUGUGGUCAGAACCCCCGGGGGGUGACCUUCCUCCCGUGUGGUCACUUCAUCACGUGCAAGAGCUGCUCGGGUCCCGUCCACGCCUGUAAUCUGUGUAACAAGAACAUUCUAGCAACCGUGGACACAUACUUGAGUUGAACACGAUCGUCAAAUUUUAAUGCAUGCGAGGAUGUGGACACGUAAAACCGCAACAGCUGUUUUAACCAGCUGCACCACACAGCUGCACCAGCUACAACAUCCAGCUGCACCAGGUCUACACAUCUUUAACACCCCCACAAAUUGGUCAAGUAUUUUGGUGUGUCA